AUGGCACGAACUGUAGAUAAAGAUGAAUAUCAUAAAGAACUAUCAUCGUUUGCUAUUGGACCAUACAGAUUUACAAACUGUCAGCUAAUAGGUGGAGGAACAUAUGGUACUGUCUAUAAAGCAUAUGAUAUUCAACAACGGACACAUUUUGCGAUAAAAGUGAUCAAAUUAGACAGUCGAGAAGGUGUACCUGGAACUUGUCUUCGGGAAGUAUCAAUUUUAAAAGAACUUACCCAUCCAAAUAUUGUUAAAAUUCAUAAUGUUUUUCCAAACGAUGGGUGCAGGAAACUAUAUUUGAUAUUCGAACAUCUUGAUUAUGAUUUGAAAAUGCUUAUUGAAAAAUUGCGACCCAAAUCCUUUCCAAUGCCUUACAUCAAAAGUUUUUUAUGGCAGUUGCUGCGAGCUCUUACACUUUGCCAUACACAUCGUGUGUUGCAUCGAGAUUUGAAGCCUCAGAAUAUUUUAGUUGCUGCAAAUGGCACUGUAAAAAUUGCUGAUUUUGGUCUUGCACGUUCCUUCACAAUACCCUCAAGAUGUUAUACGCAUGAGAUUGUAACUUUGUGGUAUCGUGCACCCGAAAUUUUACUCCGUUCAAGAUUUUAUUCAACAGCAGUAGAUAUAUGGAGUUUGGCUUGUAUAUUUGCUGAGCUUGUUACUUCGGAACCGCUGUUUCGCGCAGAAUCUGAAAUCAGUCAACUGCUUAAGAUAUUUCAGAUUCUAGGAACUCCUACUGUGAAAACUUGGCCUGGUCUGGCAAAUUGCAUUGAUUACAAAGAUAGUUUCCCACAAUGGACAGAAUGCGUCCUAGCGGAAUAUGUGCCAGGUCUAGAUAGUGAUGGCCUAGAUUUGCUUGCGCUAAUGUUGCUAUAUCCACCUGAAGAACGGAUUACUUCAAAAGCAGCACUCAGUCAUCGUUUCCUCAGAGAUGUACCGAUACAUAUUCAACCUGUCGCAACAUUAUUUGGACCAGAUGAUGAAUGA